AUGGCAGAACAGACUGAGAAGGCUUUCCUGAAGCAGCCUAAGGUGUUCCUCUGCUCAAAGAAGACCACAAAGGGGAAUAAUAAGCCUGGCAAGGAGGGCAGCAGGUUCUGGAAGAGUGUUGGCCUUGGUUUCAAGACUCCCAAGGAAGCCAUUGAGGGAACCUACAUUGAUAAGAAGUGCCCAUUCACUGGCACUGUGUCAGUUAGAGGUCGCAUCAUUGCUGGAACAUGUCAUAGUGCUAAAAUGAACAGGACCAUCAUUGUUCGUAGGAACUACCUUCACUAUGUCAAAAAAUACCAGAGGUAUGAGAAGAGGCACUCCAACAUCCCUGCCCACAUUUCCCCUUGCUUCCGUGUGAGAGAAGGAGAUCACGUGAUCAUUGGCCAGUGCAGGCCGCUGUCCAAGACGGUGCGGUUCAAUGUGUUGAAGGUGGUCCCAGCAGGGUCAAAGAGUGGUGCGGUGAAGAAGGCGUUCACCGGUGCGUGA